AUGGCACCGAACGUGCUUCUCCACGGCGUUGGCGCGAUCGGAGCUAUCUAUCUACAUCUCCUCCUGAAAGCUGGAUGCCGUGUGACCGCCGUCUGCCGUUCCAAUUACGAUGCUGUAAAGGCUAACGGCUUCACGAUUGACUCUGUUCUCUAUAAUACGAAGGACGUCCACGUCAAGGCCACCGACGUGGUCCGCUCGCCGUCGGAAGCAGCUGCCCACGGUCCCUUUGAUUUCCUAGUCGUAACAACCAAGGCGCUUCCGGACGCCAAGACCGCCGCUGCGAUCGCCCCGGCCGUAACAGACGGCAAGACUUGUAUCGUACUGAUCCAAAACGGUGUCGGCAUCGAGGACGAGUAUGUCGCCCGCUUCCCUGGCAAUCCGCUCUUGAGCUGUGCCGUCUACCUUCCAUCCACCCAGAUCUCGCCAGGCAGGAUCCAGAUGGGCAACCAGGAGCUGCUGGAAUUUGGCACUUUCCCCGAUACUGCUUACGACGACUCCGCCGCAGUAAAAGCGGCCGCGGACUCAUGGCUGGAGAUCACGAAGAAAGGCGGGAGUAAUUGUGUCUUCCAACCGAACAUCCAGGUGCAGCGGUGGAAGAAGCUAAUGCUUAAUGCCUCCUGGAACCCCAUCUGCGCGCUUACCCUAAGCCGAGACGUGGCCUUCUACCUUGCCACUGACGUCGCGGAACAUGUUGUGCUGGAAGUCAUGCUCGAGAUCGUCCAUGUUGCUCAAGCACUCGGAUUCUCAGAGAUCACUCCUGAAAUGACAGAGAAGCAGAUUGGGAAUGCACGGAAGAGGAUACCAGGACCAGGCAUCGAGCCGAGUAUGCUCGUGGACGUGUUAAACGGGAGGAGAAUGGAGGUGGAGGCUAUUGUCGGGCAUCCUGUGAGGGAGGCGAAGAGGUUGGGGGUGAGUGUGCCGAGAUUAGAGACGUUGUAUGCGCUUGCCAAAGCCUUAGAUGAUGCUAUCGCGUUCAGGAAGCCCGGGCAAUCGUUGUCGGGGGAUUACAAGCGGGUAUGA